AUGACUCCAUCACUCAACUCACCCACCAUCAUCCCCAACCCACCAAACGACGAAGAAAACCAAAACCCCAUCCCAGAAACCAAGAGUACCAGAAAUUCAGCAGAGCGAAAGGCAUGGGACGAAAAACGAAAGGCAUGGCAGAAGGCCUUGGGAGCCCGAAUGAGAGAAAUCAUCCCUGGCCUCUUCCUCGGCAAUGUCAUGUCCUCACACAAGCACGAUAUGCUUCCCGAGAAUAGUAUCAAUGCUAUCGUCUCACUUACUGAUGCUCGGUGGGCAUGGUGGAGGGGCCCCACAAGAAGAGCGGGAAUUCCAGAGCAUCGUCACAAAUGGGUUCAGUGUGGGAAACUAGUCCAACAUGAAAUAAGCUACCACUGUAGUUGGUCUGAUAAUUCAGCUUAUAGACUUGAACGAAAGCCUUGCUGUUAA